GGUAACUUGACCUGACCCUCACCUUCCUAGAAUUUCUCGUACCCAUAUUUUUGUCUUGAUCAAUCUAAUUUAUCGUGCAUCUCGAUCAUUCGUCACGCCGAUUGUGCUUCGGGAUGCUCCCCGGCGCGUUUAUUGCUCAGCUUGUCAUCGCAGCUGGAUGAUAGUCACUGCGUGUUGUUGGACAUUCUAGACUUUUGAUUCUCUCAUACUCCAGCAUGUCUCGAGCGGCUGCUGCUUCAUUGAGCUUGCAAAUCAACCAGGCCUUGAAAGCCGAGGAGGAUGUACUUAUUGCUACAUCGCAGAGCGAGGCGCUCGAGGCAGCUAUCAACGCUGCGGAGCACUACAUGAAAGCCUUAAGCUUGUCAAGUAGCUCGAAAGACAAGAAGACCAUGGACACUAAGUGCAAGGAUUGGCUUCUUCGGGCCGAAAGAAUCAAGAUAGCCAAAGACUGGCGAGCUGCGAUUCUAGAGCAUGGCACCGCCGAUCCCGUGUCUCGAUACCCCAGAUCUGCCCGCAAACUCACAACCCGGGAGGAAAUCAUCCUUCUGGAGAGCGCAAAGUUGAACCAUUCUAUAUUCCCACCAUGGACAAGUGCUCCAGGAUCUAACGAGUUCGAACGUCAAGUGGGGGAAGAUCUCUUUGUUGAUUCACCUGAACUUCAUCUCUCUGAACAACAGAAAAAUGUUUUUGCGGGCUGGAAACGGCCCAAGGAGCUUAUUUUGCAAAACACCGCAGGAGAACCGGAUUCCAUCACAGCCCCGGUGAUAGCUGUCAAUGAGAAGACUGAUCUCGUCCAAGAUAUGUUAACGGACUGCUCUGUUGUUGCGAGUCUGUGCGCUGUCACUUCGAGGUAUGAGCGUGGAUUAGACAAGCUUCACUAUCCAAUAGUUUAUCCCUGCGAGUUUCGCUAUACGGAUCCCAAGCUUUCACCUUCAGGGAAAUACAUAUUCUGUUUCUAUUUCAACGGGUGCUUUCGCAAGGUAGUCAUCGACGAUCGCCUGCCAUCGUCCAAAUUAUCGCGGUCACUCCACGUGGUCGACCGGGGCAACCCUCACUAUAUCUGGCCUGCCCUAGUGGAGAAAGCGUAUCUUAAGCUUCGCGGAGGUUAUGAUUUUCCUGGGAGUAAUUCUGGAACGGACUUGUGGGUGCUGACAGGAUGGAUUCCAGAGCAAGUUUUUCUCCACCAUGAAGACGUCACCGGCGAACAAAUAUGGAGGCGGCUCUUCAAAGCCUUCCAGAUGGGCGAUGUUCUUCUGACUAUAGGUACUGGAAGACUGACAGAAAGGGAGCAGGAGGAGCUUGGCCUUGUAAGUGAGCAUGACUAUGCUAUCCUGGAUAUGAAAGAGACCAAGAGUCGUCGCCAAAUGCUUGUGAAGAACCCGUGGGCUGGCGACUACAACCAUGCCAGCGAUUCUGGACCCAGUUAUAAUUGUGAACAUAAGCCCCACAUAUCGCCUGGCACCUUUUGGAUGGACUGCGAGGAUGUUCUUCAGAAUUUUGAAAACUUGUAUCUGAACUGGAAUCCCUCCUUGUUUAAAUGUCGACAAGACAUCCAUUUCACGUGGGACCUCAUGAAUGAUAGAGGUUUGGCUGGUUGUUUUGCGAAAAAUCCUCAGUUUUCCGUGUCCACCAAUGCUAGCGGUACAGUCUGGCUACUGCUUGGGAAGCAUUUUCGCACUAUUGGGCAUCACGAGGGAUCGGGGCUAUCAGUCGGCUGCGACGAGCCUGGGUUCAUAAGCCUCUAUGUGUUUGAUGCAGGUGGACAACGUGUCUCAUUAAGUGACGGGGCACUUCAUCGCGGUCCCUAUGUCGACUCUCCAAACACCCUUAUGAGGCUGGUUAUGCCUGCGUAUACGACCUACACGGUGGUGGUCUCCGAGCAAUCUCUGCCCUCAGAAAAGCAACAUUUCACACUAUCUGCACUAUCCUCUGCCCCGGUGAGUAUCGCACAUGCGCAGAAUAAGUACAAGUUCACCACCAAAGUCCACGGCUCCUGGACACCUUCUACUGCAGGAGGAAACGCGGAGUCGGCCCGCUAUCCUUUCAAUCCUCAAUUCAGUCUCAAGAUCAGCAGUAUGACUGACGUCUCGCUCCUUCUUGAGCCAUCUGAGCCCGAGCUAGCGACGCAUGUUAAGCUGUUUUGGUCCAACGGUCAGCGUAUUUCCCGAGUCCGAAGCCGCGAUAUUGCCACCGAUAGUGGUGACUACCGUCGAGGCGGCUCGCUCGCGGAAAAAAUGGGACUCAGCGAAGGCAUCUAUACUAUUGUUUGUUCGACCUUCGCACCGGACCAAUUAGGGCGCUUCAAUCUCUGGGUUUCUUCUUCUGGUCCAUGUGAGGUGAAACCGUUGGCGCCAGAAGCAGCGGGGCGGCGCGCAGUGAUCUCGGAUAUUGGAGUCUUGUCCCCUGGAAAAGAUCGGAUGUUGGCGCCUUUGGAGACGCCGCGGCUUACGCGCCUGAAGAUCAUCGGGAGAAGCAGACAGUCGACGAUUGGGAGCCGAUCGGUUGGGCCUUCACCUAUGUUAAUGACGGUGGAACUUGGUCAAGGUCCAUACAAAGAGAUCCUGGCAACCUCUGAAGAUGGGUGCCAUAGUGAUGCCAUUUCGGGUGUGCGCAUCGAGGAUUUCAAUUUACACCCAAACCUCGAGGAUCGUGGUGGGGCCUGGAUUGUCAUCGAGCGGAUUGGAGGUCCUGGAGGGCAGGUUGAAGACCACUUUGAAGUGGAGAUACUGGGUGAAGAGAAGGUGUACGUUGGGGAAUGGAUAGUUGAGGAUGCAUGAUGGCGUAGUAAAUUUAGUGGCUCGAUGGAU